GCCUAAAGUGGAAAUCAUGAAUUAUUUCGAACAAUAAACAACUCUAGACCUAGUCUAUAGUUUAAAUAUUUAGUUCCAAUUCUAAGGACAAACAAAAAUGCUUUUCAUAGGAUUUCUGCAAAUAACGUUUUAGGGAUAUGCCGUACAAUGAGCAGUGGAAGUAGCCAAAUAUGGCGACGUCGCAAUGGCACAACAUGGAUAAGGGCAGGGCUAGUCAUCUUCAUACUAGUCUUCAUAUGGCUACAGCUGAAUUUCCUGAGUUUCACUGGCUCUUCCCAGCAAUACUCGGAACUGAACGAUAGCAACGCGGCGAUCCUGAGCAUGGUGCCGGCGGUGCUGCACAAAUUCCUCUCUCCCAGACCUAAGAACUUCACCGUCACCUUCGCUAAUGGCACCUACGCAAACUUCUUCUACGCCUCCGCUCCGAACAUAUCCGAAAUGAAACGGAACAUAGCACAGUACAACAGACAACAGAUCGUUCACAACGAAAACAUCUUCGAACCUUUACAGAACGAUUCCAUCGUUAUAGUCGUACAAAUUCACGACAGGAUCACCUAUUUGCGCCAUCUUAUCGUCAGCUUAGCACAAGCACCAGGAAUCUCUCAAGCAUUGCUCGUAUUUUCACACGACUAUUACGACGAGGAAAUGAACAGUCUAGUCCAAAGCAUUGAUUUUUGCAAAGUGAUACAAAUAUUUUACCCGUAUUCUAUACAAACCCAUCCCAAUGAAUUCCCGGGGGAAGACCCGAGCGACUGUCCCAGGGACAUGAAGAAAGACCAAGCCUUAAUAAAGAAAUGCAACAACGCCCUCUAUCCCGACGUUUACGGACAUUAUCGUGAAGCGAAAUUCACCCAAACGAAACAUCACUGGUGGUGGAAGGCUAACAGGGUGUUCAACCAGCUGGACGUGACCAGGAACCACACCGGCCUCGUGGUGCUGCUCGAAGAAGACCACUACGUCGCCGAGGAUUUCAUUCACAUGUUGCGAUUGAUGGAAAAGACGUACAAGGAGUCGUGCAAGCAUUGCAACGUCCUGUCUUUGGGCACCUAUUUGAAAACGUACAAUUAUUACGCGGAUUCCAAAAAGGUGGAAAUCUCGCCGUGGAUAAGCAGCAAACACAACAUGGGAAUGGCGUUCAACAGAUCUACGUGGAUGCACAUCGUCGAAUGCGCGGCAUAUUUUUGUAAAUACGACGAUUACAAUUGGGACUGGUCGCUGCAACACGUCUCGCAGAAUUGCUUGAAGCAGAAGUUGCACGCCAUGGUCGCCAGGGCUCCCAGAGUCUUCCACAUUGGCGAAUGUGGCGUCCACCAUAAGAAAAACAACUGUAAAUCCACAUCGAUGAUAUCGAAGGUCCAGCAGGUCCUUAAGACGGCCAAAAGACAUUUAUAUCCGGACUAUUUGGUACUAACGUAUUCCACGAUAUUGAAGAAAACGAAAUUACGUAAGGGUAACGGGGGUUGGGGCGAUAGACGUGAUCAUAAGCUAUGUAUCGGCAUGACCAUAGGAGGGUAGUAGAUGUUUUUUAUUUUUGUUAUGGAUUAUUUAUUAAGUGUUGAGUAAUUUUAUUUAUUGUUGUUUUUACCUUAUUAUUUUUUUGUUUGUUCGUAUCGAAUUUUGAGUAUAUCGUUUUCGUUGCCAGUAACUCGGAUAUAUUAAGAUGUUUGUACUUGUGUAAAAUAUACAAUGAAAUAUAUUAAGUACCUGGUUUUUUGUAACUUUA